GCAAGGCCCAGGCCCUAAUCCUUGCUACCUCAGGGGACCAGGCCUGGGGAACAAUUCCUGCAGAAACCUGGCUCUGUGUGCGAGUUGGAGGGGAUAGUAGCACUGGGUCUUGUGCUCCUGCGCCAUGGACUCAGUACCCACUGCUUAAGGCCCUGGAGACUGAGCCUGAAUGACUUUCUGUCCUCAGGGCCUGAUGCUGCCAGCCCUUGUUCACCUGAGUAGUCACCAUUUCUUCAGUCAUCCCACUGAGAGUCAGGUGUGCCUGAAAUAAUUAAAUACUUUCAGGAAAGGGAUCCAAACCUUUAGCUGAAUUGCUUGAUCUUUCUAUCCCACUGCACCCUGUGCUAGGUGCCUGCAGUCACAUGUGCAUCUUGGGAGGCUAUAGACCCUAAGAGUGUUACACAGGGUCAGGCCAGUGGUCUAUCUAGCCCAGUAUCUUUAAAGGAAUUGAGACAGUGGCAAGCCCAGAGUGAUUCAUCCCAUGUCAACCAGUCCCAACUUCUGGCAAUUAGACUUGUUCCUGGUAAUCCUAGCUUACAGCCAUUGAUAGACCCAUCCUUCAGGAACUUACCCAGUUCUUUUUUGAACUGAGUUUCAUUUUUGACUUUCACAACAUCCUCUGGUGAGGUGUUUCAACAGGUUGUGUGCAUGAAGAACUACUUAUGUUUGUUUUAAACCUGUUUUUUGCCUAUUAACUUCUUGGGUUGACCCCUUGUUCUUGUAUUAUGUGAAAGGGAAACACUUUACCUAUUCAGUUUCUUCACACCAUUCAUGAUUUUAUAGUUCUUUAUUAUAUGUCCCAUGAGUCAUCUCUUUUUCCAAGCUGAACAAUCCCAUUCUUUUGCUGUUCCACAACCCUAAUAAUUUUUGUUGUCCCUCUCUGUACUUUUUCCAAUUCUGAUACAUCCUUUUAAAGAUGUGUGUAAUUAUUGUUGCACGGGUAUUUAAGGUUUAUAGAUUGAUACUUUCUGUAUUAUCUAUCGCUCUCAUAAUGGCCCCUAACAUUCUGUUAGCUUUUUUCACUGCCACAUAUUAAGUGGAUUUUGUCACAGAACUAUCCAUAAUCACUCCAAGAUCUUUCUUGAGUGGUAACAAAUAAUUUAGACCCUAUCAUUUUGUAUGUGUAGUUGGGAUUUUGUUUUCCAGUAUGCAUUACUUUGCAUUUAUCAACAUUGAAUUCAUCUGCCAUUUUGUUGCCAAUCACCCAGUUUUAUAAGAUCUCUUUUUAGCUCUUUGCAGUCAGCUUAGGACAUAGUUGUCUUGACUUGAGUAAUUUAAUAUCAUCUGCAGAUUUUACCACUUCAUUGUUUAUACCCUCUUUUCAAGAUCACUUAUGAAUAUAUUGAAUAGUACUGGUCUCAUUACAGAUCCUUGCAGGUCCCUGCUAUUUACUUCUUUCCAUUGUAAAAACUGACCAUUUAUUCCUGCCUUUUGUUUCCUAACUUUUAACCAGCUUAUCCAUGAAAGGACCUUUCCUCUUACUUCAUGGUGACUGAUCGUUCUUCAGAGCCUUUGGUGUGAGACCUUGUCAAAGGCUUUCGGAACAUUCACUAUAUUCAUUGGAUCAUCUUUGUCCUUAUUUGUUGACUGUCUCAGAGAAUUCUAAUAUAUUGGUGAGGCAUGAUGUCCCUUUACAAAAUUCAACUUGACUCUUCCUGAACAUAUUGCAUUUAUCUAUGUUUAAAAAUUCUGUUCUUUACUGUGGUUUCAACCAAUUUGCCUAGUACUGAAGGUAGGCUUACUGGCGGUAAUUGGCAAGAUUGCCUCUGAAGCGUAUUUUAAAAAUCAGUAUUACAUUGGCUAUUCUCUAGUCAUUUGAUAGACUUAGAAACUGAUUUGAACAGUAGGUUCCAUACCACAGCUCUUCAGUUUUUUCAGGCACUCCAUCUUGAAUGGUCCCUUAGAAUAUGUGCUAUCUACAUAUGCUAAACAAUCUGUUCCACCUUGUAUCCAGCUAUGAUUCUCACCUUUUCAAGACCAGAAGAAGAUCUCAAUAUACCUCAAAAACUUGUCCCUCUUACCAACAGAAGUUGGUCCAAUAACAGCAAUCACCUACCUUCUCUAAUAUCCUGAGUGCUGCUACAGCCCAGAUACUUAUAGAAUAUUUAAUACUGAUAUGCCAGAAGUGAGCAUGAGAAUAGAAAAGAUCAAUGGUGAAUGUAUACCUCAAAAGAAUAAAAACUCUUUCCAGGAGUCAUAUUUACCAGAGUGGCGAAAUAAUCCCCAACCACAUUAUGCAAAAUUAAUUAACACCAAUGUAAGAUUCUUAAAUGAACCAAUUUACUAUAUGGAGACAGAAGGCACAAUGGCUAAACAGCAUCAUUGGUGGCCAAGAGGAGAACCAUGUGUACAUCAUUAUAGUCCAACUUACGACAGACAGAGCACUCAAAGAAAUGAUUUCCAGAAACCCACUUGUACAUUGUCUUCCCCAAUUAAAUACAGCAGUAAACUACAGCCUUCCUGUGGAAUAGUUCCACUUGCAACUCCUAGAACAUCAACAAGCCUUCCAAAAAUUUUACAGGAGCGGACCUCCUUUAUUCAUGAGUACGAUGCCAGAAAAUCUCCUAAUGAACCCAUUCGAGGAAAGCGACAUGGAGCUUUUGUGUGGACAGAGAUAAAACCAGUGAGUGGGCCGAUAGUUCCUAAGGGAACAGAAAUAUUCCUGAGCUCUAGAGGGUCAUGCUCACUGGAACAGCCAAAAACAGAGAAAGGAAACUCAAUGGAAAGCCAAAUGACCUCACCCGGUCUCUGCCUGCAGAAUUCCCAGGAGACAUUAGACUGUGAAACUCACUUAUCAAAACCAGACGUUAGAGAAUCAGCCAAGGCAUACUCCAGAAUCCCUGUGAAAGGACAGUAGAGUUCAGGCAUUUCUCAGGCAACUGAAGUGGAUGUUAUUCGUCCUGCUGGGGAGUAGUCUUUAUGUUCAACAAUGAAAGAUCCUCUCGAUAAAUUGCUGGAUAAGUUACCUCCGGGACAUAAAAACAUACAAUCACUGAUAUCGCCAUCAGCCAGUAAAAUGGAGAGAGCCUAGAGUCACUAUGCAAGCCAAAGCAUUUGCUUAGUUUCAUAUCAAUAAUGCUAAACCCAAACUGACUUCAGUGAAUUGUUAGCGGGAACACAGUACUCCUUUCACAAAACAGCAGCUGCACUGUACUUUGAUGUUUCUAGAAAACUGUAUGCCCAUAAGAACUAUGGAGUCUUUUUUAAGGUGGAAUCAAUUUCCUUGUUUGGCUGACUGCAAUCAUCUUGAUUGUUUAUAUAUGUUCUGUACCAAGUCUGACUUUGAGUUAAUUAACACUUUUGGGUCUGGAAGUGAUUAUGAUUCUUGAAAAUGUACUUUUUUUCAAUAAUAGAAAAACCAGGUACAGUGUUUGAUUUUAUUGCUGAUUGCUGUUUCUUUUUAGCAUAUGUACUUGGGAUAUACAUUAUCUCUUUGAACAGUGCGGUGUAGAGUAUGAUUUCAUACACCAUAUGGUGUCAGACUGUGAUAAAUGGAAACCAUUGUUGCUUUGGUAGAAAUCAAUGGCUGUCAAGAGAGACAAUUUGCUGCAGCCCACAGAAAUGCAAAAAUGAAGUGUGUUGCCAUGCUAAAUAGCUAACAAGGACAACUUUGGAGUAAACCCUUUCUUUUUGGGAAUGAGGAGGAUGGGACAUUUUCUUACAGACUUGUGCUGCUGUUCAUUUUUGAAUGUGUACACAUCAAGAAUGCAGGAGAGAUCAGAAUUACUGUACACUUUUCCCUGGAGAAAAUCUAUUAAAGCAGAUGCUGAUGGGUAAACUUUUA